AUGCUGUCUUCUUGGAUCCUUCCCGUCAUCUUAGCGAUGUCGUCUUCCGCUACAGCAGGCGUUACUCGCGUCACUUCUGCCACUCCCAGCUACUUCCAAAAACGCGACUGUGAGACGUUCCAAUAUGAUGCCGGCAGCGUCCAUUUGGGCUCUUGGUGUGUCAUUGGUGUUGGACCACCAAGCCUGAAGGUGAGGCAGACCGGCAUCGGUGUCUCUGGACUUGGCUGCCUGCCACAGGUCUUCUUUGUGAACGAAAAUGGAGAGCACCGCGCUACCAAACCAUGCUCUGUUGACCCUCAGGAUAUCGAUGAUGGUACCAAGGGCUUCACAGAGGCUUUUGGAGACGAUUUCUCCUGUGGGUCACUCUCGAGCUUCAGCAAUCUCGACAGCAUCCAAGUAAACGGGGGUGAUGACAACACCAUGAACAUCAUCUACCACUUCAGCAACGGUCACAGCUACAAUGCUCAAUGCACUGGGGAAGGUGUUGACUUCUGUGAGGCAGGCAACAUUGGAGAACCCAUCACUGGAGGAUUGUUGAACUGCCCACUUCCGGCCGAGGCCAUCUCUAUCAACUCUUGCGACGAAUGCUGCGGCGAUGUCAUCCAGGGCUGUUAA